AUGGAGCAUUGGCUGAAAGUCUCAAAAAGCAGGCAGAUUCCCUCAUCAUUUACCGCUACCAUUUCAAAAUUUAACAGUUCUAUCCUCACCCUUGCCAAUGGGUCAUCAUUUAUCCACUGCAUCGAUCUCACAGGGAAAUUACUGGCAUGCGCAAAGUACUCAGCUGAUGUGAGGUGCAUGAGCCAGUUACAGAUACCCUCAGUGACAUGUGCAGUGUGUUGCCUUGGCAAUGGACAUAUUACAAUAAUCUCACUGGAGGAGCUUCUUUCAAAAUCUUUUGAAAAAACCUCCCCUGGAGAGAACGAUAUCUUCCAAGGCCUUCUGUCAAGUUCUAUCUCCUCUCAUUCAACCUGGAAACCAUCUAGCUUCAUUCCUGGAGAACAUGUCUCUGUCACUAUUACAAAGAGCAAUGAUUCUAAUUUUUCUCUUUUGCAAGCUCAGAUUGCUAACAAUACCCUGCUGGUGUGUCAAAGGUCGGAGGUCACAAGUGAACACUCGCUAUCUGUCUAUCUGAGCAGCAGGAAUAUGAAGUAUGGAAGGUGUAGAGUACCGCUAUUUCCGGAGACCCCAGUGGCAAUUUAUCCUCUCUCCUUUGCUACAUGUAUAUCUAGACCCCUGCCAAAGACUUUGCUAGCGUAUCGACCAGCUGUCUUCCAUGUGGGUUGUAGUGACUCCAAUUUCAAUGGUCAGUGUGAUGCCGUGUUGGCACCAAAUCUUUAUUCCAAAUUGUUUGGAUCGGAGUUGACACUUUCUGGAUCACCUGUGCUUCUUCUUGGCUGUCAAAACGGACAUGUGAUGUACUCGAGCAUUAGUCAGAUUACUGCUACGUUGAAUCCCUCCUCACCUCAACAACCGUUACCCAUUAUCUAUAGCCUGGGGCAACCUGUGCUGUCAAUACAUGCUAUUUAUCUUCCAGACAACGACUCAAACUUUCUGACGGUUAAUACCUCAGGAGCACAACCUCAUGUACCCAAUUCACUACUUUUGAUUGGUCGCCUAGGCAAACUUGUACUUUGCACAAUGGGGGCUCCUCAGCAACGAACGCCAUCUUUCCUUGAGUUCAAUACCCCUGGUCCAAUAACCUCAUCAGUGCUUGUCAAGAACCAUGCUCUGCUGCUCAGUACACCAUCAGCACUCUAUAAGGUUUGUAUGGAGGAGGAUUGCAUUAGGAGACACUCUUUCGCUACAGGCUCAGUGAUCAUUCCGGAGAUGAGGUUUCGAUUGCCAUCUGAAGUGGCACAGAUCGACAGGGGAACACUACUGCUCGACAACUUGAAAACGAUCACUGUGAGUGGUGAGACAGCCCUUAAAGUUGUGUGUGUAUCACUUGAUGGCAGUGUGACUGUGAUAAAGAUUGCUAGAUGUUGUGGGGAAGAGAAGAUAGAAGCUACAGACCAAAGCAAACUAACGAAAGAGUUGAAGGAAUGUCUUCGAACACUUGAGAGCACAAGUUUUCGAUUGGAUGAACUCAGUAAGAAGAGGGAACAGCAAGAAAGUUGCUUGCCUGAGCUUAGCAGAGAAUUGUCCAGUCUUUGUGAUAUUUCACGUACCCAAAACAUGCCAGCUCAGUCAAACUCCAAUUUUCAAAUCCGAUAUCACCCUAAAUACGUAAACAUUGGGGUGAAUUAUCAUAAGCCAUGUAUCGAUGUUUGCCUCACUUACACUGGAGCUGCCCCGCUAUCCAAAGGGUGGUCACUCCUCGUUCAAACUUUCCCAUGUAAAUUGGAAUCUCUCUCGAAGCAUUGUACAUCCUCUCAGUUAGUCCCGCUUGCCAGUCUACAGCCCAAGGAUGAGGUGAGCAUACAAAUAUUGCUGGAAGAUUUUGUCAACCUCCACUACAAUGUUUGCUGCUAUGUGCACUAUAAUGCAUCACACCUCUUGAAUCAAGUGACCGCACCCACAACCGUAACAAUUUUGUUAUUUGAGAAAUCGCUGGAUUUUGUAGAUUUUCUUCUUCCUCCUCAACCUAAGCCAAGGCAUGUGCCCUGGAAACCUUUGCACCCUACCACUCCAUACACCGAUGCAGAAGAUGAAUUUCCUCAUUUCAAAGACGUCGCUGUAUCCAUGGACACAGUUGCUAAAGUGUCGGCCACACACAAAAGCGACAUUGACAGUAAUGCUAGAAGCUUGUAUCAACCAUUUUUAGGUGCUCUUCUUGCCAGGCAGGACUUGAUUGAUCUUAUCUCAGACUCUGAGCCAGAUGCUUGUGAGGUCAUCUUGAACAGUUACGAUGGGAGCAAAGUGUGUCUACAAACUGGCGUAGAAGACGGUUCCUUCGUUUUCUCUGUGUAUUCCACCUCAGAAACUGCUCUGUGUGAAGCUGUAAACUGUGUCCAGAGGAGGGUUAUAUAUUAGUUAUUGAUCAAGUUAAGUCCUAAUUGCAACUGCUAAAACAAUGUACUUAUCGUAGAUCUAUAGAUAAUCCUAACCCUAAUACACAUCAUUACUGUAAUUGGUCACAACGUUAUAAUCAUGACACUAUAUAUAUAUAAUUAUGUUA